AUGGAGGGCUGGCCUGUAGCGGCCUGGAUCCUGCUGAUGACUUGCAUUGCUGAUUGGCUGAACACCGUCCAGUCACGGGACUUCACAAUGAAGGACAUCAUCCUGCUGCAUCCCUCAACUACACCUCAUCCUGGUGGCUUCAAGUGCUUCACGUGUCAAGACGCAGCAGAUAACUACCAGUGUAACCGCUGGGCGCCAGAUGUGUACUGUCCAAAAGAUACCAGAUACUGUUACACACUCCACAUGAUGGACAACCACGGAGACAGUGUGUCUGUGACCAAGCGUUGCGUGACCCUGGAGGACUGUCUGUUUACUGGCUGUGCUGAUGUCGCUGGGAAUGGCUACCAGGCGUGCUCGUCCUGCUGUGAGGGGAACAUCUGUAACGUGCUGGUGCCGAGGAAUGAGAGCAGCGCCAUUUUCUCCUCCAUUUCCCCUCUGGUCAGCUCGAGCAGGAGGCUUCAUCCUGCAGCACUGAGCUACAUCCUCAUCAUCACCACCAUUAUCAGCAUCUUCACAGCAUGA